AACAUGGACAUUGACACCAAUCCUCCCACUGACGGGAACAAACUGUCAGCUAGAAUACAACAACAAUCACGAACAAGGCUAAGACAACAGAAGUUACGAUAUACAUUUAUAGGAUACAUCAUUGUGCUAUGUUUCUUGGCAAUUACCCAGUUUAUCGGAGUGGGUUUUUUUACCAAAGGGUUCUUACUUUCGCGACAUGUGUUGCCAAACAUUGCUGAAUGUGUUGACAAUUCGUGCAUGAGACCAGCAAAGUACGAUAAAGCUAUUUUCCUAGUCAUUGAUGCACUUAGGUUUGAUUUCACCAUUCCGGUCGCAGGGUCCACUGAGUAUUAUCACAAUAACUUUCCUAUAUUAUAUGACUUGGCCCAGAAGGAGAACGGAUUACUUUUGAAAUUCAUAGCCGAUCCGCCAACUACAACGUUACAAAGAUUGAAAGGGUUAACCACAGGUUCAUUGCCUACCUUCAUAGACGCUGGUUCGAAUUUCAAUGGUGACCACAUUGAUGAAGACAAUUGGUUGUUACAAUUGCGUAGAGCAAACAAGACAAUUGCAUUCAUGGGCGAUGAUACUUGGACUGCGUUGUUUGACGAUUAUAUUGAUCCGCAGAUGAAUUUUCCUUAUGAUAGUUUGAAUGUUUGGGAUUUGCACACUGUUGACAAUGGAGUCAUUGAGCAUUUGUACCCUUUGAUCCAGAAAGAGAAUCUGACCCAGUGGGACCUUUUGGUGGGGCAUUUCUUGGGGGUAGAUCAUGUGGGACAUAGAUAUGGACCAAGGCAUUUCUCCAUGAAGGAGAAAUUGAACCAAAUGAAUGAAGUGUUGGAACAUGUUGUUAGUAAUUUGGACGACGAUACACUUUUAGUGGUUAUUGGUGAUCAUGGAAUGGAUUCUACUGGGAAUCAUGGGGGCGAUGCUCCUGAUGAACUUGAAAGUACAUUAUUUAUGUAUUCUAAAUCGGGCAAGUUCUUGAAAAAGGAUGAACUGGCAUACGAUGUUAGCAAUGAGGGAAGGAAUUAUAGAUCAGUAAACCAAAUUGAUUUAGUACCGACAAUUUCCUUAUUAUUAGGAUUACCUAUUCCAUAUAACAAUCUCGGAUUCCCCGUUGAUGAAGCAUUUUCCAGUCAUGAAGAAAUAUUAACUGCUUCUUACAAUACCCUCAAACAAUUAAAGACAUUCAGAGAUAACACUCCAAAUCUUGCUCACACGUUACUAGAGCAAUUUGACACUUUGAUUCAACACUACCACGAUAAAACAUAUUCCGAACAAGAUAUUUUACUCAUGGCCAAAGAAUAUCAAUAUCUUUCGCUUGAACAAUGUAAACUGUUGUGGGCCCGAUUUGACUUACGUCUCAUUGGUAUUGGAUUAGGUAUACUUUUCCUUGCAUUAACAUUUAUGAUUACCUACUCCAGAUCCAUACCGGCAGUGAGGGUGCUGACUAUGUCAUUCGAAUUCAUUGGGUCAGUUAUCGCCAUGACCAUGCUCGGGCUCGUACUCAGUUUCUCCAUCUACAUUGUUCUUAAGCCAACUGAUUUCACCAUAUGGAAUUGUCUUGCAAUUGGAACAGCACUUGGUAUGGUUAUUGGAUUCUGGGCACCGAUAAUGGACAGAUUUAGCAUUAAUUUCUUGUGGAAUCAAAUUAUAGACUUUUUCAUGUACAAUUUCAAUAGUUGGUCAUUUAUGGGGAUUGUGUUUGUGAUUGCCCAUUGUUUGAUCUUUGCCUCGAAUUCAUAUGUUGUUUGGGAAGACAAAAUGGUUUCAUUUUUCUUGUUAACUUUUGGUAUUGGAAGUAUUUAUAACUGUGCUGUGAAUACGGAGUUAUCGCGACCUGCAAGAAUCUUGGGAUUACUGCAUGCUAUAACAUUCACCAUCAUGACCAGACUUGCUUCCAUGAUUAACUUAUGUCGUGAAGAACAAAGACCGUACUGUGAAGCCACGUUCAAGACUACGUGGUGGUCGGUUUUACUCUUGCAUGUUAUAUCAUAUAUCUUGCCCAUGUUCAUUGCCUCGUUUUACAAAUUAUCAGAUUCUUAUCAUUCUGCUGCUCCAUUGUGGAUUGGAACUGGGUUAAGCUUCUUGUUGUUUAUGAAUGCUGUGUAUUGGACUUUUGAAUAUGUUCAAAACAGCGAGUACUUCAAUAAUAUGAACUUGAUCAUUGGUAUACCCUUGAUUAAAUCGUUGAAAUUAGCCAUUGCAAGAUUAGUGCUCUUUAUUACUUUGGUGUUGGCCAAUUUCAGUUGGUCAAGAGGACCAUUGUGUGUCAAGUUGGAGUUGAAGGAGGAGAAUUCGGAUGAGAGCGAUGUUUCUGAUGAAGCAGAAACUCCUGGGAAAACAGCCACUAUUCUUGGAUAUGGGAACGUCUAUGGAUCUUCAUACUUUUUGUUGGUGCUCAACUUUACCGUGGCCAUUAUGUUGACUACUAAGCCUAUUGGGGCAGUCUCCAUCAGUAUGUUAAUAAUUCAAAUUUUGUCAUUGUUAGAAUUGAGUGAUAUCCUCGCCAUCAGAAAGAACCUUAUCUCACCCAUCAUAUUUGGAUUAUUAGGGUACCAACAUUUCUUUAGCACGGGUCAUCAAGCAACUAUCCCUUCCAUCCAAUGGGAACUUGGAUUUAUGACCACCGAGACAAUUUUCAUGCCAUUUACCCAUUUAAACAUUGUAUUAAACACAUUUGGACCAUUUAUUAUCGUGUCGUUAGCCAUACCUUUAAUCACAUUGUGGCGAAUUGUUCCAUCCAACAAACCAAUCACGGUAUUGUCCCAGAUUAUCACUAAUGUAACCACAUUAAUCACCUACCAUUUGUUUACCGGAUUGAGCAGUCUUUUAUUUGCAGCUCAUUUCCGCAGACAUUUGAUGGUAUGGAAGAUCUUUGCACCCAGAUUCAUGUUGAGUGGGUUGUUGAUUAUUAUGUUGAACCUCUUUUUGAUUGUGGUAACUUUGUGGUUUGGUACAGGGAGGAUACUUACUCAAAUUAAUAGAAUAUUCGGAAAGUAAUUAGACUUUUGUUUGUAUAGUCUGUAUAUAUUAGUCAUAAACAUUUUUAUUUUGA